AUGGCCGCCCAAAACCACGUUCCCGCACCUGGAGCGAAACCUACACAGAUCCCAUCCGCCAACCCGGACUCAGUAUCAGACCCAGAAUCCGAAGACGAAGACCCCUGGAUCUCAACCUGUAUCUGCGGCUCCUCGACACCACCCCUCGACUCAGCUGGCAACACUUCCCCCGAGAUCAUGUGCGACGUCUGCUCCGGCGCCACCGAGCACUGGCAACACAACGUCUGCAUGGGCCUUCCCCUUUCCGAGGAAGAACUCCCGGAUCAUUAUGUCUGCCAUCUAUGCGAUGCGGAGGUGGUCGCGUUGCAGCGACUCAGAGGCGAGGGGAAAGUUGAUUUCAUCGGCAAGUGCCAUGAGGAGACCAGGCAAGCGUUAAGUAGGGGCGAGAGGAUCUGGGGGCGGAGGGUGGAGAGGUGGAGGAAGGAGGUGUUGAUGAUUAGGAGUGGGGUUCUAGGGGCUGUGGAAGUGGUGGGGGAUCCGAGGGUUGCGGAUGUUAGGGUGAGGAGGAAAGUGAAGGUGAGGAUUUGGGUGAGGCCGAGAGAGGAGAAGGCGGCAGGGGCUAAGGCGCAGGCUCCGCCGGUCGGUGAGAAAGAAAGAAGGCCGAAGUCGAAAGCAGCGGUACGGAUGCCGACGAAGGUGAGGAAGAGAACAGUGUUGGAGGAGCCAGAGGUUAAGCCUGUUAAGAAGGCGAAGGUGAAGCCGCCGAGGAAGAAGGCUAAGCAUCAUGAUGGUAAGUCUUACUGA